AUGGCAAAUAACACGAGCAUAGAUCUAGAGCAGCGGCCGGUCGAAGUCAGUGUCCCCGAUGGCGCGAGCCCCGUCAGUCAGCAGCAACAUGGCCGGCCCGAUGCAUCUACAGAAGGAAGUUUGGACGCUUGGCUUGCUAUUGCAGGGUCCUUCCUCGUGUAUUUUGCGUCGUUCGGAAUCAUAAACAGCUUCGGAUUCUUCCAGGACUUCUAUCUGUCCAUCUUCUUAAGGGAUUAUGCAGCUUCGGAAAUCGCGCUCAUCGGGACGAUGCAGCUUGCAUUGAUGUAUCUUACUGGGCCGGUCGUGGCUUCGCUGUUCGACGCGCAUGGAAUUAAGCUGAGCAAGGAAUGACUGCUAUGCUCAGCUGGAAAUGUCCCGUUAUGCUGAUUGAGACAUAAAGUAUCUCUACCCAAUUGGUGCCUUGGGUUGCUCCGUUUCUCUAGUGGGACUGUCAUUUACGCAACCGAACCAUAUCUGGCAACACCUUUUGCCAAGGCCUAUGUUAGGUUUGACAGUCGCUUGCGGUGUCCAACCAGCUCUCACAAUUAUUGGACGCCUCUUUAAGCAUCGGAGAGCAUUGGCAACGGGCCUCGUUGCGUCCGGAAGCAGUGCAGGCGGCGUAGGUUUUCCAAUCAUGUUCUCCAAAUUGGUUCCACUUGUAGGAUUUGCUUGGGCUCUGCGUGUUGGAG